UGUAGAGCAAUUGGAAGGGUUACGUGCAGAGUUCUGGUGAAGAUGGAAGAAUCUCAUUUCAACUCCUCCCCGUACUUCUGGCCAGCAGUGCCGACCGUCUCGGGACAGAUUGAGAACACCAUGUUUAUUAACAAGAUGAAGGAGCAGCUAUUGCCCACAGAGAAGGGCUGCAGCCUGGCUCCCCCCCACUACCCUGCCUUGCUGACAGUGCCCACCUCUGUGGCCCUGCCCACUGGUAUCUCCAUGGACUCGGACACCAAGCCGGAGCAGCUGACACCACACAGCCAAGCCCCCGUGACUCAGAACAUCACCGUGGUACCAGUGCAGUCUGCUGGGCUCAUGACAGCAGGUCCUGGUCUGGUGAUAACUUCCCCAUCAGGUUCCCUGGUGACUACGGCCUCCUCUGCCCAAACCUUUCCCAUCUCAGCUCCCAUGAUUGUCUCUGCGCUACCGCCUGGCUCCCAGGCAGCCCUCCAGGUGGUUCCUGACCUGUCCAAGAAAGGGACAACCACCCUCUCUGAAGGUGCUGGGGGCGGCGGGGGUGGGGGAGUUGCUCCCAAACCACCCCGGGGUCGGAAGAAGAAACGAUUGCAGGAGUCGGGGCUGCCGGAGAUGAGCGACCCCUUUGUGCUGUCAAACGAGGAUGAUGAGGACCAGCACAAGGAUGGCAAGACGUACAGGUGCCGGAUGUGUUCGCUGACGUUCUACUCCAAGUCGGAGAUGCAGAUCCACUCCAAGUCCCAUACGGAGACAAAGCCACACAAGUGUCCUCACUGCUCCAAGAGCUUCGCCAACAGCUCCUACCUGGCCCAGCACAUUCGCAUCCACUCGGGGGCCAAGCCCUACACGUGCAGCUACUGCCAGAAGGCCUUCCGCCAGCUCUCCCACCUGCAGCAGCACACACGUAUCCACACCGGGGACCGACCCUACAAAUGCGCUCACCCUGGGUGUGAAAAGGCUUUCACCCAGCUUUCCAACCUGCAGUCCCACAGACGGCAGCACAACAAAGACAAACCUUUCAAGUGCCACAACUGCCACCGUGCGUACACGGAUGCUGCCUCGUUGGAGGUGCACCUGGCUACGCACACGGUGAAACACGCCAAGGUCUACACCUGCACCAUCUGCAGCCGGGCCUACACCUCGGAGACGUACCUGAUGAAGCACAUGCGGAAACACAACAUCCCUGACCCACAGCAGCAGGUGGUUCAGGCGCAAGCCCAGGCCUCUCAGCAGCAGCAGCACUUCCAGCCGCAGGGCGGGGGGGCAGCGGGAGGCCCUUCUGGAGACACUAACCCACCCAACCCUCCCCCCCAGUGCUCCUUUGACCUGACUCCUUACAAGACUUCAGAGCAUCACAAGGACAUCUGCCUCACUGUCAGCACCAGCGCCAUCCAAGUGGAGCACCUCUCCAGCUCCUAGAGAGACCUCAACCCAGGGAGCAGAAAGCCUCUCGUGCAUCGCCUGCGCCCAGGGGCACCGCUGGCGCGGCGGCCCUCCUCGUGCAACAGUCUCCGGCCUCUCCUCCUGCGACAGCCUCUUCUGGCCGUGUAACCCUGUCCAUGGCAGCCCCUUGACCGACAGCCUGUCUCAAGGGGGUGCUCCUUCUGUGCAACAGCCUGCCUGGUAGGAGGAUGCUUCCUUGUGCAAGAGCCCCUUUCCUGUGCUGGGAUCACUUCCUCGUGCAAGAGCCCCUCCUUUCAAACCCAAAGAAAGGCCCCCGUUUCGCCUUCUCUCUCUCUGUAGGAUGCACAUGGAGCGGGGGGCCGGGAGGGGGUGUUGAGACGUGCAUGGUGGAUGGGAUGGAGAGACGGUCCUUGUACGUCCAGGGCUUCGGACACAUGUUUUUCAGCAGGCCACAGAAGAACGUGGCAGGGUUCACAGCUGGAUGGGGUUCCUUGAGGAUUUCCUUGAGUGUCUAAGAGAGAAAUAUCCAUUCCUGUACCUCCUGCUUGUGGGGUCGUUUGUCCUGCCCCAAGGACUGGAUGGGAGAAACCUCC